AUGUCUGGCGUCUCUCGAGGCACUGCAUUUCCAAUAAGUCAAAGUCAUAAGACAUCCGAUCAUGCAGCACUGGAACGACUCAUGGAUCCUGAACGGUUCCCGCGGGGAAGACGAAAUAUACUCCAUUCAGCGGAGGAGUCGCUGAUUGUAGACCGCUUUUUGGUUGCCGCUCGAGAUAGGUUUGAUGUAGACAAGGUUGGAUUGACGUCCGUUAGCUCCCGGCAAACACGACCCAUAUGCUACAACCAUGCGAUCAAAAGACUAACGAAGUUUUCUAACAAGAAAUACGUAGUACAAGGGAUUUAUUGCUGA